AUGGCCAGCAAGCACCACCCCAACCUGGUGCGCCUGUUGGGCUUCUGUUUAAACUUCGAUUCCAGCACAGGCCAGAUUGAGCAGGUGCUCGUGUAUGAGUUCAUGGCAAAUCGCGACUUGGAGAGCUGGAUUGGACCAGGAGCUCCAAGCCAUCUCUCCCUAUUGCAACGACUGGAUGUUCUGAUUGGAGUGGCCAAGGGGUUGCAUUAUCUUCAUGACUUCAGCAUUGUGCAUCGAGACAUCAAGCCAGCCAACGUUUUGCUUGAUGCAAAAAUGCAUGCCAAGAUUGCAGACUUCGGGCUGGUGAAACUCACCGGAGGCACCGCUAUGGGCACAUCUGUGGCUGCCACUCGAGUGAUGGGGACACCGGGUUAUGUGGAUCCUGCCUACUACAAGUCCCACAAGGCCACUCCACCAGCAGACGUGUACAGCUUUGGUGUGGUGAUGCUGGUAGUCAUCUCGGCACGCAAGGCCGUGCAUGCGAGCGAGACCAGCCAUAUCAGUCUGAAGCAAUGGAUCGCCCCGUUUGUCGAGUCAGAUGCCGUGACACUCUUCAAGGACCCGUACUUGGACGCACCAGAUGACUUGGUGCUGCGCUGGGCUCGCCUUGCCCUCUCCUGCACCGCCAUGCCUGCGGCCUCCCGCCCCUCCAUGAAUCAAGUGCUGGGAGAGCUGGUGAAGUUUAAGCAGGAGGCGUCCGGAGCACAUGAGAGCCAUGUGGGCGAGGCCAAAUCUCGCAUCGACAUGGAGCUUGGAUAUUCCAUUGGCUCCUCCAGCUUCACUGCUGAAAUGGCCCGUGCGGAGCGUGAGGGCAUGCCAAGCAGCUCUUCCACAUAA